CGACAUCAUCGUCAUCGUCGUCAGCAUACGUAGUGACGAGCACUGUCCUUCCAAGGUCAAUCGAACGUGCUUUACAUCUGGUUGCGCCGCAUGACUUUCAGGACCCUUCCGUUGCUUCUCUAUCAAACACACUCCCCUUUAUGUGAAACGAGUCUUCGCAACUUCCAGCCAAUUAACAUUCAGUAUUGAAAUCCUCAUUGACGUUUUUCUAUCAAGACUCCAAUCUCUCAAAGAUGGCAGAAAUUGAUCCAGCAGACCUGAGACCGUAUCCAUUCAAAUAUCAGUCAUCGAGAGCGGUGCAUAGCAUCCUGAUCGGCGAGGAUGCUGCAACUACUCUGAUUGACGCGAGCUCAGCCGGAGACAUCGCGACUGUCAGAAGCCUGCUCGAGCAGCCAGCAUGGAUGAAGAUCGCGCUAGAAACGCAACAUUACAUAUACUCCGAAGACCGGCCCGCCAAGGACAAAGAUGAUGUUCGAGGCGUACUUGCGAUGAAGAAGAUGAACCUCGAUCGCGCCAUCUUACCGGCAGCUAUUAAUGGUCACGCCGAGGUGGUCGCAGCUUUACUCGAAUUUGCCUCAAAACACGACGUCAAGCCGAGUGAUGUGAUUGACCGAGAAGCUAUCCGAUCCACCGUCCAAAAUGACCACGUCGCUGUGUUCGAAGCGCUAGUCGCAGCAGAUCGAAACGUUGCCACAUUCGACAUCCACCAUGAGCAGCGGCCGUUGGACCUAGCUCUGUCACGAGGUAGUCCCGAGAUGGUCGCAGCCAUUCUCAAAGCAGGCGGGGGUCGUGAAUUCCAUAUCAAAGGCCAACCCGUACCAAGCUAUUCCGGUUCCCGCAUGUGCAAAUCCAGCAACAAGGCAAAAGUUGAGCUACUGAUACAGAAUGGUUAUGCCGUCAAGGGUUCUGGCGCGUUGCAGAUGGCAGCAGAGCGCGGCGCUCUAGAGACCAUCACUUACCUGGUAGAGCAAGGCGCUGAUGUGAAUGAGAUUCUGCCUGCGGAAACUCUCCCUCGUCGCGAGAAUGCGAUUUUUGCGAGUUGGACACCCAUGCACUACGCUGCGAAGUGGCGCAAGGAAGAGGCGAUGAAGUUGCUGGAAAGCUAUGGUGCGAAGACUGAUGUGGUCGAUGUGAAUGGAAAGACUCCUGCGCAGCUGCUGGAGGAGCGGAAAGCUGCAGUAGCUGAGAAGUCCUAAUUCUGAUGGGAGAUGUACUCAUCAUCCUGUGGGUUGAAAGCGGCGAGUAGAGUUGUCUAUAUGUAGCAUGCGUCUACCCAGCGUAUGCGUAGAGGCAUGGGUGACUUAUCGCAUACACUUCUUGGAUAGUGACCGAUCAAGGCGUCACCAUGUGGAAUGAAUUCGUCUGCGAUACUUUGCUGUACCCUUUACACAUGCGAGAUGUGACUG